GGGGGGGCGGAGGAAGCGAGCCCGCGAGGGUCGUUCUCUCCAAUGGGUCCGGUGCUCGGCUUCCGGUGGCCUAAGAAACUAAUGUCAAAUCUGCAGACUUGGGGCGGCGCCUGCCACCGCAUCUUUUCUGACUUAGCCACAGCUGAGCUCACUGAAGUGAUUCGUUUUUGAACUUUUCUGGAUAAGACAGAGAAAUUAAGUAACAAUAACCGUCAAGAAGAAAAAUGUCGGUGACACUGCAUACAGAUGUAGGUGAUAUUAAAAUAGAAAUCUUCUGCGAGAGGACGCCCAAAGCAUGUGAAAAUUUCUUGGCUCUUUGUGCCAGUAAUUACUACAAUGGCUGUAUAUUUCAUAGAAAUAUCAAGGGUUUCAUGGUUCAAACAGGAGACCCCUCAGGUACCGGAAGAGGAGGAAACAGUAUCUGGGGCAAGAAAUUUGAGGAUGAAUACAGUGAAUAUCUUAAGCACAAUGUUAGAGGUGUUGUAUCUAUGGCUAAUAAUGGCCCAAAUACCAAUGGAUCUCAGUUUUUCAUCACCUAUGGCAAGCAGCCACAUUUGGACAUGAAAUACACAGUGUUUGGAAAGGUAAUAGAUGGUCUGGAGACUCUAGAUGAAUUGGAGAAGUUACCAGUAAAUGAGAAGACAUACCGACCUCUUAAUGAUGUACACAUUAAGGAUAUAACUAUUCAUGCCAACCCAUUUGCUCAAUAGUUAUAAUAGGGGUGGACAAAUACUUGGCAAACUAUUUGAGGAACAUACUUACUCUGGUUUACCCAGCUUUAAUUAUGUCAACAGAUUGCAUCAUCCUGCUUGUUUACAACUAAGAUUUCUGAGUCCAUGGUACCAAGGGGAACCAAAUAACUUUUACUCCUAUGAUUGAGCAUAUUCUUUACUAUAACCAUAUCAAAUGUAUUUAAGUUUAAUUUUAAAAAUUGUUUACCUUUUGUUACAUAAAAACAUUUAUUUUUAAA